UAAACUUGCAGCCUCAGAGGGCACGGGAGGCAGGAGGACGUCAGCGACGCGCGGUCGAGCCUCCAGCCCGCCCCUCGCGCGCCUCUCGCUCCCUUCCCGUUGACGCUGCGACGGUCCGGCAGCGCUCCGACACAUUCACGCGCGCGCUGCCGAUCGCCGUCUCCACCCAGCCCAGCCCCGAACAUGGCGGCUCUCAAACGUCUCUCCGCCUGGCCCUGGCUCUGCGCCUCCACCUGCCGCUCCGGCGGCGUCUGGUCCAAGGGAUGUGUUGGCUACUUUUCAACCAGUACACAUCGCCAUACCAAAUUUUAUACAGAUCCAGUGGAAGCUGUAAAAGACAUCCCUGAUGGUGCAACGAUUCUGGUUGGUGGUUUUGGGUUAUGUGGGAUUCCAGAGAACCUUAUAGGAGCUUUACUAAAGACUGGAGUAAAAGGGCUGACUGCAGUCAGCAACAAUGCAGGGGUUGACAACUUUGGCUUGGGCCUUUUACUCCGAUCCAAGCAGAUAAAACGCAUGGUGUCUUCGUACGUUGGAGAAAAUGCAGAAUUUGAACGACAGUACUUGAGUGGUGAAUUAGAAGUAGAGCUGACACCUCAGGGCACGCUUGCGGAGCGGAUUCGUGCAGGUGGGGCUGGCGUUCCUGCAUUUUACACCAGCACCGGGUACGGGACCCUGGUGCAACAAGGAGGGUCACCGAUCAAAUACAACAAGGAUGGCAGCAUUGCCAUUGCCAGUAAGCCAAGAGAGGUGAGGGAGUUUAAUGGCCAGCAUUUUAUUUUGGAGGAAGCAAUUACGGGAGAUUUUGCUUUGGUGAAAGCCUGGAAGGCAGACCAAGCAGGAAAUGUGAUUUUCAGGAAAAGUGCAAGGAAUUUCAACUUGCCGAUGUGCAAAGCGGCAGAAACCACAGUGGUGGAGGUUGAAGAAAUUGUGGAUAUUGGAUCAUUUGCCCCAGAAGACAUCCAUAUUCCUAAGAUUUAUGUACAUCGCCUUAUAAAGGGAGAAAAAUAUGAGAAAAGGAUUGAGCGUUUAUCAGUCCGGAAAGAGGAAGAUAUAAAAGCCAAAUCCGGUAAACCUGGAGAUAAUGUAAGGGAACGUAUCAUCAAGCGGGCAGCUCUUGAAUUUGAAGAUGGCAUGUAUGCUAAUUUGGGCAUAGGAAUCCCGCUUCUGGCCAGCAACUUUAUAAGCCCAAAUAUCACAGUUCAUCUGCAAAGUGAAAAUGGAAUCCUGGGUUUGGGUCCAUAUCCGCUACAAAAUGAAGUUGAUGCAGAUCUAAUCAACGCAGGCAAGGAAACAGUUACUGUUCUUCCAGGAGCCUCUUACUUCUCCAGCGAUGAAUCAUUUGCAAUGAUUAGAGGGGGCCAUGUGAAUCUAACAAUGCUAGGAGCAAUGCAGGUUUCCAAAUAUGGUGACCUGGCUAACUGGAUGAUACCUGGGAAGAUGGUGAAAGGAAUGGGAGGGGCUAUGGAUCUCGUGUCCAGUGCUAAGACCAAAGUGGUGGUCACCAUGGAGCAUUCUGCAAAGGGAAAUACACAUAAAAUCAUGGAGAAAUGUACAUUGCCACUGACUGGAAAGCAAUGCGUCAACCGCAUCAUUACUGAAAAGGCUGUGUUUGACGUGGACAACAAGAAAGGACUGACUCUGAUCGAACUCUGGGAAGGCCUGACCGUGGAUGACAUCAAAAAGAGCACUGGGUGUGAUUUUGCAGUUUCACCAAAACUCAUACCAAUGCAGCAGAUCACAACUUGCAAUGUGGAAUAGACAUUUCUCCCAGGUUGUGUGUUUCUCAUUUUAACCACAUAGGAUUUCAUUGAAAGGACAUCAGUAAUCAUAAUUGUAUAUCUAAGAAGCAGUUUUGACUAGUUUUCUUCCAGCAUUUUACACUGUAGCAGCCAUGUAGUCUUUAUUCUCUCUAGUGUGCUAUAAAGUUUUAAUGAAAGACAGAUAUAUAUAUAUAUAUAUAUAUAUAUAUAAUAUAAAUGAUUAUCUUACUUGUUUUAUGAUCGCUUUGAAGGCUUAUCUUUACAACUGGUGCUCACAUUGGAUUUAUCUUUACCUUUUGUGAUAUGUACACAAAAUUGUACCAAGAAGGGCCCUUAGGAAGACUUUCACUGAUGUGCUGUCCCUCCCAACUAAAUCAUGACGUAUAGAAAAAAAGAAUGAGGGAGAUAAAGAACUCCACCCAGAGUAUACCCAAGGCAGCAUUGCACUAGUGCUGAAUGAUAACAUCUGUGUGAAUUUUGAGUAGGAGAAAUGCUGUCUUAAUGAUUAUGUUUUUCUUUUGGCCUCCUCUGACUUUUCUUUUAGAGCCUCUGAUUUUGUGAUUGCAUCUUGUUUCCCUAAAGCAUCCCUUCUCCUCCCACACUUUCUACAACUAAAUCGAUGUUCAGUAAGGCAAACAGGAACAUCUCUGUGUGGGAGAAGUAACUGGUUCAUGGGGAGAGACCAGAGUGUGUAGGGUCUGCUGGUGCUGACAUCUCACCAACAGGUUGCCUUUAUAAACCAAGCAACCAUUUGUGCUUUGCCAAAGACGAAGGUUUAUUAUGAGAAGAGGGCUAUAAACCUAACUGAUCUAGUCAGUUUUCUCAUUUUAAAAUAAUGCAGUAUUUCUGUGUAUCCAGAGGGGUCCUUAAGAGGCUUUCUCUAUGUGAUUGAGGUACAGUGGGCUACUCCUUCAAGACUUCCUUUUAAGCCACAAGGGGCUAUGGGAUAAUUUAUCAUGAUUCCUGUCACAGUGACAACAGAGUUUAAAAUAUUUUUUUCUUUUCAGGAUCUCUUAUUUUUGUUCAGAAAAAUUUAUUUUUUUUUUUUAAUUUUUAAUGUUUAUUUCUGAGAGAGAGAGAGCACAAGCAGAGGAGGGGCAGAGAGAGGGAGACACAGAAUCCAAAGCAGCUCCAGGCUCUGAGCUCUCAUCACAGAGCCUGACGUGAAGCUCGAGCUCACGAACCGUGAGAUCAUGACCUGAGCCAAAUUCGGAUGCUCAGUUGACUGAGCCACCCAGGCACCCCUGUUCAGAAAAGUUUCUAAAAAUUGAAUGCCUUUUUCUACAGAGCACUAUUCUUUCUUCUGCCCAGGCUACUUCCUUGAACAAACUACUUUUAAUUCAGCUUUAUCCAAAUAAAGGAAAUACUGACAAGUAAAUCUAGGAUUUGAAGAGCAGGGAACUUUUAGUGUUAGAAAAUAAACAUGGUAAGGGUGCCUGGGUAGCUCAGUCAGUUAAGCAUCUGACUCUAGAUUUCAGCUCAGGUCUUGAUCUCGCAGUUCAUAAGAUCAAGCCCCACAUGGGGCUCUGUGCUGACAGCAUGGAACCUGCUUAGGAAUCUCUCUCGUCUCUCUCUGCCCCUCUCCUGAUCACAUAUGUGUGUCUGUGCACAUGCAUGCUCGCUCGCUCUCUCUCCCUCUCCUUCCCUCUCUCUCUCCCUCUCAAAUAAACGUAAGAAAAGAAACGAAACAUGGUAGAGUGGGUUUUGUAAGGAACUUUUCCUCAGAAGUAUCCUCCCUACCAAAUAGUCACCCUGUGGGCAUCCCAGGCAUCCUAGGUAUCAAAUGGGAGAAAUAGACCAGGUACCCUGAAGACAGGUCAGACAGCUGUUCUCCAGGCAGAUAUAGGCAUAGUACAGUGCAAUAUAUCAUUCCUCUGGCACCAGAUAUGUAUAUAGGAAUUGAUGUGUAUUUUUAGGUGAUAGUUAGCAUCGAAGCUCCCUUUCUGUUUAGGUACAACUACAAUUGUGUCAUGUAUGGCAUUAGAGGAGAGAGGCUUUUUUUUGUAUCACACUCUCUAUCUAAAAGAGUCUUGGUGGCUGCGGGAUUGAAGGCAUACUGUCCCAAUACUGGUAAAAAGGCCUCUUCUUGGAAUUUGUGAGGUCCAGAGAAUAAUACAUAUCUUAGAAUUAUAAUUUGGUAAAAUGUAUGUUAUUGACAGUUGCUAUAUUUGCAGACUUAGUUGCUUAUUAUUCUAUUUCAUUACUUUAAGAUAAUGUGAUUCUAAGAGUGUCCCCAACUUUGAAUGGUAAAACCUAAGUAGAUGACUUUAUAUUCUUGAUUAAAGAGUGCCAUGGAUAAAAACACAAUAAGAAAUACAGUAAAUAUCCUGAAUUGAUAUA